AUCAGUCCUGGGUGUAGCUCAGUUGGUCGUGCGUAUCAGAGCAGCAGAGGGCAGGCUCGUUCAGAGGGCGUCAGCUGGACCAUGGAGAACCGACCCACAUAUGAAGAUUAUCAGAAAACUGCAGAAUGGCUUCUGUGUCAUACUGAAUACCGACCUAAAGUGGCAGUGAUCUGUGGUUCUGGAUUAGGGGGUCUGGCUGAUAAAUUAACUCAGCCCCAGUUCUUUGACUACAGCGAGAUACCCAAUUUUCCCCUAAGUACAGUGCCAGGUCAUGCUGGUCGGCUGGUAUUUGGGAUCCUGAGUGGCAAAGUCUGUGUGAUGAUGCAGGGCAGGUUCCAUGCAUAUGAAGGGUACCCACUCUGGAAGGUGACAUUCCCAAUAAGGGUUUUCCAGCUUAUAGGUGUGGACACCCUGGUGGUUACCAAUGCCGCUGGAGGGCUCAACCCCAAGUUUGAAGUUGGAGAUAUCAUGCUGAUCCGUGAUCACAUCAACCUACCUGGCUUCUGUGGUCAGAACCCACUCAUAGGGCCAAAUGAUGAAAGGUUUGGGGUUCGUUUCCCUGCCAUGUCUGAUGCCUAUGACCGGACCAUGCAGGAGAAGGCUCUCAUUACCUGGAAACAAAUGGGAGAGAAGCGAGCACUGCAGGAAGGCACUUAUGUGAUGUUGACGGGCCCCAACUUUGAAACUGUGGCAGAGUGUCGUCUGCUGCAAAAGCUGGGGGCAGACGCUGUUGGCAUGAGCACAGUACCGGAAGUGAUAGUUGCACGGCACUGUGGACUUCGAGUCUUCGGCUUUUCACUCAUCACUAACAAGGUUGUCAUGGAUUAUGAAAGUCUGGAGACGGCCAAUCAUGAGGAAGUAUUAGAGGCUGGGAAACAGGCCGCACAGAAAUUGGAAAAGUUUGUCACCACACUUGUUGGCAGUAUUCCACUCCAUGGCAGUACCCGUUGACCGGCCCUGAGUCUUUGAGAGCCAAGUAGCUGCUACCUGCUUUGUCCCCCUACUGGGGUCACAAGCCUCUGCCCUCAAGUAGUAGCAGAAAGGAGCUAAUGAUUCCUAUCCUUCAACUUCUGUACUUUCUCCCACCAGACCCUUCUGGUGCCAGGUCUUUUGCUCAGUUGUCUUCUCAAAGCAGUUUCCACCCCUUUUCUUCCCCCAUAGCUGGAGCUCAUGCCCUACCACACUUCUGUGGAUAUGCCCAGGAUUUGAGCUGGGCCUUCAGACUCUGCCCACUUGGCUGCUACUGAUGUUUUUCCAUAAUACUUUCACAUUCCUGGAAGCUCUGUUCUGCCUCACCUAAAGUGCUAGAUACCAACCAAGGACCAGCACCAUGCCUUUUAUACUUCAUUAAACACCAUAAUGUUUUGAGAAUAAAUGGAAAUAUUAAAGAAUUU